CGAGGAAUCGCAAGAGGCGUGAAACAGGCAAGACCCUCCCCGCCAUACCAUUCCCCACACCCGUGCGGACCCCAGUGAAGAAGCCUCUGAGCGCCAGCCAGGAUUCGACCUCUCUCCCUCAACCCAGGCGGACUCAGCCAGCGAGGCCGCGCCGGGGAGAGGCCGGGCCGGGGGCGGCAGGCAGGAAGCGGCAGCAUACCUUCCGCUGCAGGAGGAGCAGGUGGCUGCAGUGUGGCCCCGGCCCGGCUUCCUGUGUGCCCGCCCGCCGGCUGCAGUUUCCCGCCAGCGUCCUUGGGCCAGCGGGCCCUAUGGCUCAGACCCCCGACGACAUAUCCUGUGAGCUACGAGGUGAGAUAACCAGGUUCCUGUGGCCCAAGGAAGUGGAGGUGCUGCUGAAAACCUGGCUCCCCCAGGAGGGUGCUGAACGAAGCCAUAUCUUGGCACUGCUACGAUGGAGGGCUUAUCUGCUGCACACCUGCCUCCCGCUCCGGGUGGACUGCACAUUCAGCUACCUAGAGGUCCAGGCCAUGGCACUGCAGGAGACACCACCUCAGGUCACCUUUGAGCUGGAAUCCCUACCUGAGCUGGUCCUGGAGUUUCCUGGUAUAGCUGCCUUAGAACAGCUGGCCCAGCAUGUGGCUGCUGCCAUCAAAAAGGUCUUCCCUCGUUCAACCCUAGGGAAGCUAUUCCGGAACCCCACACCCCCCUCGAUGCUGGCUCGGCUGGAGAGAAGCCAUCCCUUAGAGUUCACAGCACCAAGCAAUCCCUGUGGUGGCUUCUUGGAGGCAUAUGAAGCUCUGUGUGACUACAAUGGCUUCCCUUUCAGAGAAGAGAUUCAGUGGGAUGUGGACACCAUCUACCAUCGUCAGGGCAGCCGCCAUUUCUGCCUUGGAGACUUUAGCCAUCUAGGCAGCCGAGACCUGGCCUUGAGUGUGGCUGCCUUAUCCUAUAACCUGUGGUUCCGGUGCCUCUCCUGUGUGGACAUGAAACUGAGCCUUGAGGUCUCAGAACAGAUUCUGCACAUGAUGAGUCAGUCUUCCCACUUGGAGGAGCUGGUGCUGGAGACCUGUGGCCUGAGAGGAGACUUUGUUCGACGACUUGCACAGGCACUGACAGGACAUUCUAGUUCUGGGCUUCGGGAGCUCAGCCUGGCUGGGAACCUGCUGGAUGACAGAGGUAUGGUUGCACUCAGCAGACACCUAGAGCAUCGUCCAGGAGCCCUGAGGAGACUUAGCCUAGCACAGACUGGGUUGACACCAAGAGGAAUGAGGGCCCUAGGCCGGGCACUGGCAGCCAAUGCUGCCUUUGAUUCUACCCUGACCCACCUGGAUCUUUCUGGGAACCCCGGGGCACUGGGGGCCUCCGAAGAUAAUGGAGGCCUCUAUACUUUCCUGAACCGGCCGAACGUCCUAGCAUUCCUGAAUCUCGCAGGCACUGACACAGCGCUAGACACUCUCUUUGCAGCGCUAUCUGGUGGCUGCUGCGCCAGCCUCACCCACCUCGACGCUUCCAGGAAUAUCUUCUCCCGAACGAAGUCCCGAGCAGCGCCCGCUGCGCUGCAAUGCUUUCUCAGCUGCGCGGAGACGCUGCGACACUUGGGCCUGGAGGGCUGCAAGCUGCCGCCAGAAGCACUCAGGGCCCUUUUAGAUGGCCUCGCUCGCAACACGCACAUCCGGGACCUGCACCUGAAUCUCAGCGCUUGUGAGUUGCGCUCUGCAGGUGCUCAGGUGAUACAAGACUUAGUUUGCUACGCAGGUGCCUUGAACUCCUUGGAUCUGGCGGACAACGGCUUCGGCUCAGACAUGGUGACUCUGGUGCUGGCCAUCGGGAGGAGCCGGUCCCUGAAACAUGUGGCCCUUGGAAGGAACUUCAAUGUCCGAUGCAAGGAGACGCUGGAUGAUGUCUUGCAUAGGAUCGUCCAGCUCAUGCAGGAUGAUGACUGUCCUCUGCAGUCUCUAUCUGUGGCUGAGUCACGGUUGAAACAGGGUGCCAGCGUCCUGCUCCGGGCUCUGAGCACUAAUCCUAAACUGACAGCCUUGGAUAUCAGUGGCAAUGCCAUGGGGGAUGCCGGUGCUAAGAUGUUAGCUAAGGCUCUGCGAGUCAACACAAGGCUCAGGUCUGUGACCUGGGACCGGAACAACACAUCUGCUCUGGGCCUGCUGGAUGUGGCACAAGCCCUGGAACAGAACCACAGCCUGAAGUCUAUGCCUCUGCCACUGAACGACGUGACCCAGGCACAGCGCAGCCGCCCAGAGCUGACAGCACAUGCAGUCCAUCAGAUCCAAGCCUGUCUCUUGAGGAACAACCGUACAGACCCUCCUUCUUCUGACUUCGAAUCCCGACUUCAAUCCUUGGGUCUGAUUUCAGACUGCUCAGAGCAGGAAGUGAAUGAACUAUGUCAGUCGGUGCAGGAGCAUGUGGAACUGCUGGGCUGUGGGGCUGGGCCCCAGGGUGAGGCUGCUGUGCACCAGGCUGAGGAUGCCAUCCAAAACGCCAACUUCUCUCUCAGUAUUCUUCCCAUUUUAUAUGAGGCUGGGAGCUCCCCAAGCCAUCAGUGGCAGCUGCAACAGAAGCUGGAGGGCCUCCUGGGCCAAGUAAGUGAGGUCUGCCGCCAGGACAUCCAGGACUUUACUCAGACCACACUGGACACAACAAGGAGCCUGUGCCCACAGAUGUCAAAGAGACCUGGCUGGAAGGAGCAGCUAGAGGAGGUCCUAGUUGGUUCUAGGGGUCUCCCAGAACUGCUCUCAGAGCAACUGCUGCAAGAUGCCUUCAGUAGGCUCAGGGACGUGCGCCUGUCAGUAACAGGGAUCCUGGCAGAGAACAUUGUAGCUCAAGCUCUGGCAGGUCUGAAUGAAGCCCGAGAUAGACUGGUGGAGAGUCUGGCUCGGCGGGCACCAGUGACAAUACCCCUUGCUGUAUCAUCACUGGGUGGAGAUGAGCCCAGCCCCCUUGAAUCUGGGGAAUUGGAAGGUCUUUUCUUCUCUGUGGAGAAGGAAGAGGAGGGAGAGAAGGAUGCUCCUUCUUCACAGAAAUGGCCAAGCCAUUGUUUUCACCUGUUCCCCUCCCUUCAUGGUGCUGCUGAGGAAGCAGAGCCGGAGCCCGAGCUGGCGGCUCCGGGAGAAGAUGCGGAGCCGCAGGCGGGGCCAUCGGCGCGGGGCUCUCCAAGCCCCGCCGCCCCCGGGCCCCCAUCCGGCCAGCUGCCUCGCAUGGACCUUCCACCCGCCGGGCAGCCCCUACGCCAUCCGACCCGGGCCCGGCCGCGUCCACGUCGCCAGCACCACCACCGGCCGCCGCCGGGGGGCCCCCAGGUGCCCCCAGCCCAGCUGCAAGAGGGGAAUGGGCUUAGUGCCCGCGUAGAUGAGGGUGUGGAGGAAUUCUUUUCCAAAAGGCUGAUCCAGCAGGAACAACUCUGGGUCCCAGAGGAAGAUCCAGCCACCGAGGGUGGUGCCACACCUGUCCCCCGUACACUUCGCAAGAAGCUGGGCACCCUCUUUGCCUUCAAGAAACCUCGUUCAACACGGGGUCCACGGCCUGAUCUAGAGACCAGCCCUGGGACAGCAGUCCGUGCCAGAAAAAAUACACUUGGGGACCUGCUGCGGCCGCCAGCCCGCCCAGGCCGAGGUGGUGACGAGCCUGGAGGGGCAGAGGGGGGUACCAGCAGCCCUGACCCUGCUCGCAGGAGUCGGCCUCGCUAUACACGAGAAAGCAAGGCCUACUCCAUGAUACUGCUGCCUGCUGAGGAGGAGGAGGCAGCACUGAAUGCCAGAUCUGACAAGCGGCGGCCCCUGGAGCGAGGAGACACAGAGCUGGCUCCAUCCUUUGAGCAUCGGGUACAAGUAAUGUUACAGAGGAUCGGUGUAAGCCGAGGCAGCGGGGGUGCAGAAAACAAGAGGAAGCAAAGCAAAGAUGGCGAGAUCAAGAAGGCAGGCUCGGAUGGUGACAUCAUGGACAGUUCCACGGAGACCCCUCCCAUCUCAAUCAAGUCCCGCACCCACUCUGUGUCUGCUGACCCUUCCUGUAGACCUGGGCCAGGGGGCCAGGAGCCUGAGUCUGCCACUUGGAAGACAUUAGGACAGCAGCUAAAUGCAGAGCUCAGAGGCCGUGGUUGGGGCCAACAGGAUGGUCCAGGCCCUCCCUCCCCAUGUCUCAGCCCAAGUCCCCAGAGAACCAGCCCCUCCCCAGACAUCCUCAGCCUCCCGGACGACCCCUGCUUGGUCCCCAGGAACGAAGAUGGUCAGCUGAGGCCGAGGCCUCUCUCUGCAGGGCGACGAGCAGUGUCUGUGCAUGAGGACCAGCUCCAGGCCCCUGCUGAACGGCCCCUGCGGCUGCAGCGCUCCCCUGUCCUCAAGCGCAGGCCGAAGCUUGAAGCACCCCCAUCCCCAAGUCUAGGAUCUGGCCUUGGAACCAAGCCUCUGCCUCCAUACUCCACAGAGCCCUCCAGUCCUGAGCAGAGUCCUCCCUCCCCAGCCACAGACCAAAGAGGCGGCGGCGGCCCCAAACCCUGAUCCAAUCCUCUUCUGCCGCAUGAAAUUAUUUUAUUAAAAAACUUGAAUGAAA